AUGAACUACCUCCCAGGGCCUCACAAAGAUGUCCUGGCUUCUGCAGAUUUGAUUGUUUCUUUUGCAAUGGAGGAAAUAGAGAAACACAAGGAAUUCCACUCUCUGCAUGAGCCACAAGAUUUCAUUGAUCACUAUCUUCUUCAGAUGGAGAAGAGCAGGAAUGACCCCAACUCGACCUACAAUGAAGAGAACCUGGCUCAGUGUGUUCUUGAUUUUUUUAUUGCUGGAACAGACACAAUUUUUGCUACUCUGAUGUGGGCACUGCUCCUCUUGGCAAAUCAUCCCCACAUCCAAGAGAAAGUCCAGAAGGAGAUUGAAGAUGUGUUUGGCUUCUUGGGGUCAAUUUCCUAUCAAGAUCGGAAGAAACUGCCCUACACCAAUGCUGUGAUUCAUGAAAUGCAGCGAAUAAAAUAUGUCUUGCUAUAUGGGGCUCCCAGGCAAAGUAAAAAGGAUGUGAAGAUGAGGGGUUACCACAUCCCAAAGGGGACCAUUAUUGUCCCAGACCCACGCUCUGUUCUUCAUGAUCCUGAACACUGGGAGACACCUGAAGAAUUCAACCCAAAUCAUUUUUUGGACAAAGAUGGGAAGUUCAUCACCCGGGAAGCGUUUCUGCCAUUCGGAAUAGGUCAGCGGGUCUGUGUGGGAGAGCAGCUGGCAAGAAUUGAGACCUUCAUCUUUCUGACCAGCCUGUUGAGGGCCUUCAGCUUCCAGCUGCCUGAAGGAGUGAGAGAACUGAAUCAAGCACCUGUUGUACAGUUGAUCGUGCAUCCACACCCUUACAAACUGUGCGCUGUUCCCCACACAGGCACAAAAGUUAUAAAAACACCACGAAAAGCAUAAAACUAAUUACAGUAUACUUCUUCAGUAUGGUAAAAGUUUCCUGUAUGCCCAUUCACUUAAUCUGAUAUUCUGCCUCUGUUUAGUCUACACGGCAACUUCUUCAACCUAUUGAUGGGCUUAUUUAACCUGGUCAACAAAAGAUAAUAGG